UGAAAGAAUCAACUCUUCACCCUACAAAGGGAAAGCUUCAGUCUUUGUUACACUGAUGGAAUAAAAGCUCAUUAUGCUUCUACCCAGCAGUCCUGCACAGCGCCAUGUUUGGUUGUUUAUCAUCAGAAAGUGGUUGUGAUUGGAUGCCCUUUGUGUCUGUUUAUUAAUUUCAUGUAUUAUUUUUAGUAAAUAUAGAAACAUCGGUCAUAGAGAACAGAGCCACUUGAAAGGUUAUCUCAGAAAAUGUACUGCAUAUAGUUAUCAAGACGGUCUAUAAAAACUGAUGAGAACAAACCUCAUUUACAUUUUUGCCAAAGCUGAUGGAAUUGCUUCAGACAUGAUGGACCUCAUAAAUAUUUGGACAUUCAGACAAUUUUCUGCAUUUCUUCUCUGUACACUACAGUGCAUUUGGAAUUAAACAAUCCAGAUGUGUUUGAAGAACUCUUAGACAUCUCCAGAUGCUGGGUUUGGUCCCUAGUGAUGUUCUACCAGACCUCUACUGCUGCUGUCUUCACUUCCUGCUGGUUCUUGGAACAUUUUCCCUUCAGUUCUGUCUUCAGCAGGUGAAAUGCAGCUCAGUUGGAUUCAGGUCAGGUGAUUGACUCGGCCAUUGGAGAACUGUACAAUGAGUUCUGAAGCUUCUGGCUGAAUAUGAGCAGAUAAUAUGGAUUCAGAAUUCAUCCUGCUGCUUCUGUCAGCAGUUACAUCAUCAAUAAAUAUCAGACAACCGGUUCUAUUGGCAGCCAUACAUGACCACUACAUCAUACUACCUCCACCGUGCUUCACUGAUGAGGACGUGAUACUACCACCACCAUGCUUCACUGAGGAGGACAUGAUACUACCACCACCAUGCUUCACUGAUGAGAAGGUAAUGAUACUACCACCACCAUGCUUCACUGAUGAGAAGGUAAUGAUACUACCACCAGCAUGCUUCACUGAUGAGGAGGUAAUGAUACUACCACCACCAUGCUUCAUUGAUGAGGAGGUAAUGAUACUACCACCACCAUGCUUCACUGAUGAGGAGGUAAUGAUACUACCACCACCAUGCUUCAUUGAUGAGGAGGUAAUGAUACUACCACCACCAUGCUUCAUUGAUGAGGAGGUAAUGAUACUACCACCACCAUGCUUCACUGAUGAGAAGGUAAUGAUACUACCACCACCAUGCUUCAUUGAUGAGGAGGUAAUGAUACUACCACCACCAUGCUUCACUGAGGAGGAGGCCAUGAUACUACCACCACCAUGCUUCAUUGAGGAGGAGGCCAUGAUACUACCACCACCAUGCUUCACUGAGGAGGACAUGAUACUACCACCACCAUGCUUCAUUGAGGAGGAGGACAUGAUACUACCACCACCAUGCUUCACUGAUGAGAAGGUAAUGAUACUACCACCACCAUGCUUCACUGAUGAGGAGGUAAUGAUACUACCACCACCAUGCUUCAUUGAUGAGGAGGUAAUGAUACUACCACCACCAUGCUUCAUUGAUGAGGAGGUAAUGAUACUACCACCACCAUGCUUCACUGAUGAGAAGGUAAUGAUACUACCACCACCAUGCUUCAUUGAUGAGGAGGUAAUGAUACUACCACCACCAUGCUUCACUGAUGAGGAGGUAAUGAUACUACCACCACCAUGCUUCAUUGAUGAGGAGGUAAUGAUACUACCACCACCAUGCUUCAUUGAUGAGGAGGUAAUGAUACUACCACCACCAUGCUUCAUUGAUGAGGAGGUAAUGAUACUACCACCACCAUGCUUCACUGAUGAGAAGGUAAUGAUACUACCACCACCAUGCUUCAUUGAUGAGGAGGUAAUGAUACUACCACCACCAUGCUUCAUUGAUGAGGAGGUAAUGAUACUACCACCACCAUGCUUCACUGAGGAGGACAUGAUACUACCACCACCAUGCUUCAUUGAGGAGGAGGACAUGAUACUACCACCACCAUGCUUCAUUGAUGAGAAGGUAAUGAUACUACCACCACCAUGCUUCACUGAUGAGGAGGUAAUGAUACUACCACCACCAUGCUUCAUUGAUGAGGAGGUAAUGAUACUACCACCACCAUGCUUCACUGAGGAGGACAUGAUACUACCACCACCAUGCUUCAUUGAUGAGGAGGUAAUGAUACUACCACCACCAUGCUUCAUUGAUGAGGAGGUAAUGAUACUACCACCACCAUGCUUCAUUGAUGAGGAGGUAAUGAUACUACCACCACCAUGCUUCAUUGAUGAGGAGGUAAUGAUACUACCACCACCAUGCUUCACUGAGGAGGACAUGAUACUACCACCACCAUGCUUCACUGAGGAGGAGGACAUGAUACUACCACCACCAUGCUUCACUGAGGAGGAGGACAUGAUACUACCACCACCAUGCUUCACUGAUGAGCUGGUAUCUUUGGAUCUUGAGCAGUUCCUUUCCUCUCCAGACUCUUCUCUUUCCAUCAUUCUGGUCCAUGUAGAUCUUUGUCCCAUCCAUCCAUAGGCUGUUGUUCUAGAACUUCUCAGACUCUUUUAGGUGUUCUUUGGUAAACUCUAAUCUGGUCUUCCUGGUUUUUGAGGCUCACCAAUGGUUUCCACCUUGAGGUGACCCCUCUGUAGUCCCUCUGGUGAAGUCUUCUCCUAACUGUUGACUUUUACCUCCUGGAGAGUCUUCUGGAUCUGAUCAGCUGUUGUGAAGGGUUCUUCUUGACCAGGAAAAGAUUCUGCUGUCAUCCAUUACACUUUCUUUUGGCGUUGCUGAGCUCACCAGGUUGUUCUUUCUUUUUUCUAAGAAUGUAACAAACAGGUUGCCCCGCUAGCUCAAAAGGUUGAGUGGGAAACUCAUAAACAGGGGCUAUUGUCCCUGAGGCAGCGGACAUGGGUUCAAAUCCAGCCCAUGUCCUUCCCAUCAUUCUUUUCCCCACUUUCCUGUCAAUAAAGCCGAAAGGCAAAAAAAAUAAAAAAUAUUAAAGAAUGAACCAAACAGUUGAUUUGGCCUCACGUAAUGUUUCUGACAUUUCUCUGAUGGUUUUGUUUGGUUUUCCAGCCUAAUGAUGCUUCCUUCACUGAUAGUGAUGCUCUUUGGGCUUCAUAUUGAGAGUCGACCUCACCAGAUUCCAAAUGUAAAUACCACACCUGAAAUGAGCUCUGUAAAUGAAAUAAUGAGGGAAUAACACAAACCUGGAGCUGGAACAGCUGACAGCAGCCAAUUAUCCUGUUGCUUUUGGUCGCUUAAAAGGUGGAGGGUUCAUAUAAAAUGUGUCAUAAUUCCUCCACCAUUCACCUGAUUUGGAUGUAAAUACACUGAAAUUAAAGCUGAACGUCUGAAUUUGAAGAACAUCUGGAUUGUUUCAUUUUAAAUCCACUGUGGUGGUGUACAGAAAAGAAAUGCUGAAAACUGUGUCCAUGUCCAAAUAUUUCUGGACCUGACUCUAUGGCAUGUGAUAAUUAUGGGGCAGAACUCACCUACCCCGUCCCUCCUCUGCUCAGGUGGAUGUGUUUGCGUACGGCAUCAUCCUAUGUGAGAUCAUCGCCCGGAUUGAAGCUGAUCCUGACUUCUUACC